AUGCUCGCCUAGCUGUGAGGAGCUUCUCUUGCCCGGCUCCCCUUGUGUGCGUAAAACUUUCUAAUGAAAUCCCACAUUUAUUUUUGACCAAUUUAGAAUUCGUUCUACUUAGGGUCAAGAGGGAUUCAAGACACUCAAAGAACUUUCCCUGCUAAAGAAAACUCAGAAUCAUGGAGCCCAUUUCUACGGCGGGAGGGGCUGAGGAAGAGCACCAUGGAAACUACUCACCAAAUCCAUCUGCAGAGGCGCCGCCUGGAAAGCACGCAGUGUCAGAGGCCUUGGAAGAGGUGCAGGAGGAGUUGAUAGAACAUCAACCUCUGGAGCAGGAAGACCUGAACUUUGAGAAAUGGAAGCCCAAGCCCAAACCUAAGAGAACGCUCCACGAGAAAGCAGGCGAUGUGAAGACAUAUCUGUGGAACGCAGAGACCAGAGAGUUCAUGGGCCGCACUGGGCAUAGCUGGUUUCUGAUCAUCCUCUUCUACACGGCACUGUAUGCAUUCCUGGCAGCCAUGUUUGGUGCCUGUAUGUGGUGCCUCAUGCUGUCUAUCAGCCCCUACCAUCCAACCCACAACGACAGGGUGAUGCCACCAGGUAUGACGAUGUCCCCACAACUGGAUGGGCACUAUGAGAUUGCCUUCAAUGCAUCUGACCGCAAGUCUUGGAAGAAGUAUGCAAAGCUAAUGGAAGAACAACUAAGACCAUACAAUGAUGCCGUACAGGAGCAGAGGAACAUCCAGUGUCCGCAGGACGCGUACUUCAUGCAGGAUGAACAAGGGGAAAGCGCAGAGAGGAAGGCGUGCCAGUUCAAGAGGUCCUGGCUGGGCGAGUGCUCGGGGCUCCAGGACCCCCACUUUGGAUUCUCCCAGGGGAAACCCUGCAUCCUCCUCCGAAUGAACCGGAUACUGGGCUAUUUACCUGGCCAUGGCACUCCCGUAAACGUGACCUGUGGAGUCAAGAAAGGUGCGCCAGAAAGCUUAGGAGAACUUCAGUUCUUCCCAAAAAGCAUUUUCAACCUGAUGUACUACCCUUACUAUGGGAAGCUGAGACAUGUAAACUACACAGCACCGGUGGUGGCCGUGCGCUUCAAUGGGCUGCAGUAUGACACCCACAUUGUUGUAAAAUGCAAACUCAAUGGCAAGGGCAUCAUCAAUGAUUCGCCUACCGAUCGCUUCCUAGGCAGUGUGUCCUUCUCCUUCGAUGUGGGCGCAUAGUAGUAUUCCCCAUGCUGAAUGCUGUCCCCAUGACAACCAGGAGAAAAGAGAAUAUAGGAAAAAAUAACAUUAUGUUGAAUCCUUGUUUUGCAUAAAAUAGUUGACCAGCUUCUCUCUUCUCCCAUUUCCUCAUGUACUCUUGUGCCUUUUGCUGAAAAAAGCAAUCAUUUGGAAUGUUAAUGGAUCAUAAGCACACAACACACGACACAGACACCUCACAGAUAGUCUUGAGCACAAGCUAAGUAUAGAAACUGAAUAUUACCAUUGAAUACUUAGCUAGAUUAAUGCCACUAGCUAGGUUUAUGAAACACAAGGCUCAUCUCACAGGUAGUUUGUCUCUGUAGCUAUGCAAUUUAUAAUUUAAGACAUUAUUAAUAGACAUAAAUACCCACUGUACAAUUAGGAUAUAAGAGGAACAUGUUAAGCACAUUUUGAUUUUAAAUCAAAUUGUGUACUAAUUUCUUUUGAGUUUGUACUUUUCAACAGCAUAUCUAUUGUGUUUUGUAGACUCCAAGGGCUACAAUAUGAAGAAUGGUGAAGGCAGGACACUUUUACUUACGCAGUAAGAUAAACAGUAAAUGACUAGGUUACAUUUCAGUAAGAUAAACAGUAAAUGACUAGGUUACAUUUCAGUAAGAUAAACAGUAAAUGACUAGGUUACAUUUCAGUAAGAUAAACAGUAAAUGACUAGGUUACAUUUCAGUAAGAUAAACAGUAAAUGACUAGGUUACAUUUCAGUAAGAUAAACAGUAAAUGACUAGGUUACAUUUCAGGUUUUACAUAGUAAGCUAAACAGUAAAUGACUAGGUUACAUUUCAAUAAGAUAAACAGUAAAUGACUAGGUUACAUUUCAGUAAGAUAAACAGUAAAUGACUAGGUUACAUUUCAAUAAGAUAAACAGUAAAUGACUAGGUUACAUUUCAGUAAGAUAAACAGUAAAUGACUAGGUUACAUUUCAGUAAGAUAAACAGUAAAUGACUAGGUUACAUUUCAGUAAGAUAAACAGUAAAUGACUAGGUUACAUUUCAGUAAGAUAAACAGUAAAUGACUAGGUUACAUUUCAGUAAGAUAAACAGUAAAUGACUAGGUUACAUUUCAGUAAGAUAAACAGUAAAUGACUAGGUUACAUUUCAGUAAGAUAAACAGUAAAUGACUAGGUUACAUUUCAAUAAGAUAAACAGUAAAUGACUAGGUUAAAUUUCAGUAAGAUAAACAGUAAAUGACUAGGUUACAUUUCAGUAAGAUAAACAGUAAAUGACUAGGUUACAUUUCAGUAAGAUAAACAGUAAAUGACUAGGUUACAUUUCAAUAAGAUAAACAGUAAAUGACUAGGUUACAUUUCAGUAAGAUAAACAGUAAAUGACUAGGUUACAUUUCAGUAAGAUAAACAGUAAAUGACUAGGUUACAUUUCAAUAAGAUAAACAGUAAAUGACUAGGUUACAUUUCAGUAAGAUAAACAGUAAAUGACUAGGUUACAUUUCAGUAAGAUAAACAGUAAAUGACUAGGUUACAUUUCAGUAAGAUAAACAGUAAAUGACUAGGUUACAUUUCAGUAAGAUAAACAGUAAAUGACUAGGUUACAUUUCAGGUUUUGUUGUUGUUUUUUGAUAGCUCCUUAUUCUACAUUUAUUGAUAAUAUACAUUGAGUGUACAAAACAUUAAUAUUGAGUUGCACCCCCGUUUGCUCUCAGAACAGCCUCAAUUUGUUGGGGCAUGGGCUCUACAAGGUGUCAAAAGCAUUCCACAGGGAUGCUGGCCCAUGUUGCUCCAAUGCUUCCCACAAUUGUGUCAAGUUGGCUGGAUGUCCUUUAGGUAGUGGACCAUUGUUGAUACACAUGGGAAACUAUUGAGUGUGAAAAAUCCAGCAGCGUUGCAGUUCUUGACACAAACCGGUGUGCCUGGCACCUACUACCAUACCCUGUUCAAAGGCACUGAAAUCUUUUGUCUUGCCCAUUCACCCUUUGAAUGGCACACAUACACAAUCCAUGUCUCAAUUGUCUCAAGGCUUAAAAAUCCAUAUUUAACCUGUCUCAUCCCCUUCAUCUACACGGAUUGAAGUGGAUUUAACAAGGGAUCAUAGCUUUCACCUGGAUUUACCUGGUCAGUCUAUGUCAUGGAAAGAGCCGGUGUCCUUAAUGUUUUGUAUACUCAGCAUAUGCUGCCAUUUUUAUUUUAUUUUGUAUGAACACAAGACUGCUACUGAGACUGUAAUACUGCAGGCUGACUUUGAUCUCUAUAUUAGCUGAUGGAAAGUAAGAUCUACUGUGGAAACCGACAGAGGUCACAUUGUUGCUAAACUUGUACGCCAGUCUUGCACACUCUUCAUGAAAUAACAGGCUAUUUUGAUUUAGGCCUAGAAUUAAUCCUUGUUACUGUACCUUUUCUAUGAUUCUACUAAACCUGGUAUCCAUGUAUUUAUUCUGAUAUAUACUAUAAUAAAUACAAUGUUGAUAAGAACAA